AUGGGGAAUGGUUCUUCUGGAAAGGUGAGCCCUCCUGCAAAAGCAAGUGAAGCUGCAACAUCACAGCCUGGACAUGAGGAAGGUUCUUCUGGAAAGGUGAGCCCUCCUGCAAAAGGAGGUGAAGCUGCACCAUCACAGCCUGGACAUGAGGAAGGUUCUUCUGGAAAGGUGAGCCCUCCUGCAAAAGCAAGUGAAGCUGCAAAAGCAAGUGAAGCUACACUGUCAAAGCCUGGACAUGGGGCAGGUUCUUCUGGAGAGGUGAGCCCUUCAGCAAAGGCAAGUGAAGCUGCUGCUGCUGCAUCAGAGAUUAAAUCUGAGAAAAAGCCUUCUGGGAAGUUGAACCCUCUAGCUAACACUGGAGCUGUAGUAUCUAUGCCCAGUUCUGGCAAAGAGAUUUCUGGCAAAAUGAAGCCUCCUGCAAGUAAAGCCACUGCAUCUAGAUUUUCACAUCUAGAUUUAGAUUCUCCUGCUAUCCUAAAGGAGUCCAGCUCCUCUGGUAUGACUAGCUGCAAUCCUGAUUCCUUAGAAAAUGUAAACCCUCCUGUAAACCUGAAUGGUGCUGCCAAAACUUGGCCCUCUGUGAUGCCUGCCUCAGAUUCCUUUGGUGAGGUACAGUCUCUGGUACAUCCACGUUUGGCUUCUGAUGAGAUGUUUAAAGGAAAAAAGCCUUCUGGAUCUACACAAUCUGCCUUGGCAAAAGAGCAUUUGUGGUCGCUUAAAUCAGAAGUGGAGCGUGAGGGUUUCAGGGCAGUGAAUUCUGCUGGCCAUGUGUUCCAGGAUGAAGCCUUCAGUCAUGUAGUGGCCCAAGAAUUUCAGCAUGUAAAUGUGUGA